AUGGCCGUCGCCGCGCGCGCGCGACCGAGCGCGCGCGCGCGCGCGGGACCGCCGGCGCGACGCGGACGACGCGACGGGCGUUUAAAAAUGAGAGAAUAUGCUCUUCGCGCCGUGGGCGACGCGAGCGACACCGACGCGUCGCCCUCGGGCGAGGUCUUCGUCGCGCGCGUGCCCCUGGAGGGAUUCGAAGGCGUGUCCACGGCGGCGGCGGCGGUGUUCGGCGCGCGGGGGGCGCGGCGAGCGAGCGACGCGCAUUGGAUGGUUUUGGUGCGACACGCUGGGGACGACCACGCGAGCGUGUACGAUUUUCUGCCGACGUCGCCGAAAUCGCCGGCGACGGCGGCGAAAUUGUUGGCGGGACGUGAAGUGCGGGGUGAGAUUCGAUCGAGACGCAUGGCGGGGGUGCCGGCGCGCGGAAGGCGGUGCGUGCGGGUGGGGACGACGCGGGUCGGGUUGGGCGGACGCAUCGGAAUCGAGAGCGCCAUCAGCGAUUUCCACGCGAGGUGGAACGCCGAGGAGUUGAAGCUCGGGACGAAUGACUGCAGGAAUCACGCGAAGGAGCUCGCGAAGUGGUUGACGUGCGAUUACGGACAGGGUUUGGAGUUCGAUGUAGGGGAAAACGGGGAUAUGACGUGUCGACAAACGGAGGAAUUUGCGACCGAGGAAGAGGACGACGUCGUCCCCGAGUUUGUUCCGGAGCCGACGAUGCGUCCGCGCUCGACCGUCGCCGCCGCGGCGAGAUCAGAACGGAAGGAGAAGAAGCGUCAAAAGAGCAAGGGUGCGAAAAAGUCACCCAAAAAAUCCUGA